AUGCGCUUCGCCUUCUUUGCUAUACUCUUUGCAUCGGCUGCUCUCUGGGGAUCUGCAGCUCCAAUUCCAGACCCUAGCUUAACCCGCGCCCAGCUUCAUGCCCAUCACCAAAGCCAGGCUGACCACCAUCUGGCCCAGGCAGAGCACCACCUUCAUCAUGCAGAGACACAUUCUAAUCAUGCGGAGGCUGCACACCAGAGUGGUAACCACCAAGCUGCUGCGACGCACGAGGGCCAAUACCGUCACCAUAUGGCACAAGUGGAUUAUCAUACCGCUCAACACCAAAGCCACCAAGCUAAGGCCGACCAACUUGCUCAGCGUCGUAGUGUUCAAAGCAUAGACGAGUUGGAUUAG